AUGGGAAGCCGUGUGUUUGGCGCUGCUCAGCAGUAUUGGGUAUAUCAUCUGGGAGGCCGUCUUACAAGCUCAUUAAUAUGGGAUCAGCAGAGGGGUUGCAGUGAGCUCAGCAGCAGCGAGGCAGAUGUGGUGGACUCAGGCACUCCGGGACAGAAGAAUGAGAGAGAGUUGGGGACUCAGAGAGACCCAGAGUCCCAGAGCUGAAAGAUAAACAGCAGCAGGAACAUCAGCAGAAAAUACCCUCUUCCAUCUCACCAACCCCCUGAGAGCCAGGCACAGGGAUCUUACUUACUCUCUCACUCAAAGAAAAGUGACUCAUGACUUCUAUGUGAUUUUCCAUGCCAAUGCUAAUGUCUCCUUUAUGUCUCUAAAACAUUAUUGCAAUUACAGCAAUUAUGGUUGCAUUUUGUUAUCCAACACACAUAGCCUACACUGUAUUUGGACCAUAGAGAUCACAACGUUGUAUCUGUGCCAAGUAUGGCAUCUGUGAAAGCAUGGACAGUGCCAUUGAGGCUAUCUCCAUUUUAAAGUAGUUCAAAAAAGUGUAAAGCUAAUAUCUGCAGUGCUGGAGUCUGGAACCAAAUCUUGUGUCAUUCAUUUAUUGUGGCCAAUAGAUGGCGGUCAUAUAGCUUAAAGCCAUUUACAAACUAGGCAAACCAAUUUGAAGAAGACAAUGCUCUGAUCAUUGGCUGAUCACGCCCAACCCAUAGGAAUCGCCACUCAGUUGACUACUUUAAAAUGGUGGAAACCCUCAAUGGUAAUGUCCAUGCAAAAAACACUUAUUUACAUGUAAUGAUCUCUAUACAUCUCUAUGAUUUAUACUGGUCUUUUGAUGACAAUGUAAUAAACGUUUACCUUUUGAAUCAUGCAUCCAUGUUUUUCAUAGACUAUAGCUCCUAAACAUCCUCUCUCUCUUCUCUCUCUCCCCCAGCUGUAUGCCUGGUGUUGGGCUGUAUAAUCUUUCCAGACGGCUGGGAUGCAGAGGUGGUGCGGGACCUGUGUGGGGAGGAGACGGGGAAGUAUACCCUGGGUAACUGCUCUGUCCGCUGGUCUUACAUCCUUGCUAUUAUCGGCAUCCUGGACGCCCUGAUCCUCUCCUUCCUGGCCUUCGUCCUGGGAAACAGACAGAACAACAUGUUCCUGGAGGAACAUAAGGCUGACAACAAUAAAGGUGAGGGAUGGAUUAGACCAAGACAAGUCUGCGUCUGAAAUGACACCAUUUUCUCCUUACAGUGCACUUAUUUUAACCAGGACCCAUUGGGUUCUGGUUAAAAGUAGUUAUGUCGGGAAUAGGGUGCCAUUUCAGACGCACACAAGCAAUAACCAAAACCCAUCAUAUCUAUAAUUAAUCAACAUGUACGUUGGUUUCCAAAGUCAGAUAGAUUUUCCUGUAUACAAAUUAGAUAGAUUGCAUAACAUGCUCUGAGGGUUGACAUGAUUUCAGAAUUAUAAAAUAAUACAUCUGAUAUUGUUAUUCAGUCUAUCAGUGUAACUUAUUGCACUCACCAUGGAACUGCAUGAAUGAGGGUAGGAAUGUCCACCAAAGUCUGUUCUCACUGUUUGCACAGGAUUGCCUCAGACCUGUCUGUUCAUAUUGAGUUAUCAGAACGGAGAGACGUUCGUUCAGGGGACCUUUGAAGAGCUUGAUGUCAGAACCUAAUUUGAAGUGUUCUAACUCACUGUCGUCUUAUGACAGAAAAGUAAUAGAGCCCUCAUUAAAAAAAUUUUUUUUUUAGUCAUUUAGCAGACGCUCUUAUCCAGAGCGACUUACAGGAGCAAUUUGGGUUAAGUGCCUUGCUCAAGGGCACAUCGACAGAUUUUUCACCUAGUUGGCUCGGGGAUUAGAACCAGCAACCUUUCAGUUACUGUCACAACACUCUUAACCACUAAGCUACCUGCCGCCAACUCAUGAAGAUGUUAACUGUCUGAUCAGAGGAUUACACUGUUUGGUAGGGAAAUGCCAAAGUAUCAUGAUUUCUUUAUACUACUAUACUCUCUAUAGUGGUUUCCAUGGUUACUCACCAGAUUUCAGUGGGAUAUGGCAGUAUCUAUAUAUCAUCUGCAGUGUCUCUCUCACCACUCAUCUGAUUAACCCUGCACUAACUCACUGAUAGAGAUUAUACUGUGUGUAAUAUUGUAUGUGCUGUACAGAGCUGCAACAAAAUAUUUACAGUAUACAUUUUUUACAUUCAGUUUACAACAAUAUUUUACUUUGUUCUCGCAGAUUUUGCUGUGUCCGGGGUAAGUGACUUCGUAAGUGAACAGUACACAGUGUCAUGGCUUUGUGCACGGUGCAGUUAUUGUCUAAAUUGAUCAGUGUGUUUGUCGCAUUAGUCCUGUCUUGUAUAAUAUGUGUUUGGCUGAAUAAGUUCAAAGCACUGUAUUGUUGUGUAUUGUAAAACAUUGCUAUAUAAUUGUUAUUAUUUCAAUAUCCUUACAUGAUGUGCUGUUGUGAUACUUUUUUUCUUGCCCUUAGAUUGAGGUCCGGGACAGAAGAAGCGACCCAAGGUAUGUUGGAGUCCAGCGGUUGUACUGAUGGGAUCUUUGCCAUGGAUGACCCCCUCUCCUCUACUCCCUGUCAUCCAGUCAUCAGGCUAUAUGUGCAGACCACAUGUAUAGAUGUAGGAUCUUAAUUUGAGCCAGUUUGCUACAGCAGGGAAAUAAUCCUGCAGCAACAGGAAAUGUGAAUUAUUAUGUGGAUAAUAAAUAAUGGACAUUUUUGUAGGGGUUGAUCCAUUUUUCGUAAGGGAAAAUCAAGUCUGAAAUUUCAGUGGAAAUAACAAACUUCAGAAGUCUUUUUAAACCUCAGAUACACUACAAGUUUAACAUUUCCUAUAUUACAAGAAAGUUCUCCUGCAACAAGGUGAUCAAAUUAAGAGCCUACAUCUGUACAGCAUUCUGUAUUAUAAAACUGGGAAAAAACAUAUUUUACAAAGGCGCUAUGAUGUUGUAAAGUGCAUUAACACUACUUAAAAAAAAAAAGACAAUAUUUGUAAAUAUUGUGUGCCCAAAAGGAACUAUAUUUUGCAGCUUUACAGAAAUCGACAUCUCUGGGAAUCAAUGUACUGUACAUACAAUGUAAUGUAUAAAGUAUAUUGGUACUGGUACAUUGGGCAAAGAAACAAGAUCACCCAACAAUGAAAAUGUUGUUCAGUGUAUUUCUACCCUUUGCAUAACGAUUUGAGUACAAAAGGUGGAAUAAAGUAGAACAAAACAAAUAUUUUGUAAAUAUUUUAUAUACCCUAUAAAACUAAGCUUUUGGUGUUUCUUUUUGAAGGUAUUUACUGUAAACAAUGACAAUUUGAAAAUCAUUUUUGAAAUGAUUAAACUGAAACAGGAUAGAUUAAAGAAAUUAUCCAGUAGAUAGAUGACAGGAAAACGUGAUAUUUGGCAUUAAUCUCUCAGAAGGAAGCCCUGUAUGCUGCAUUCUCCUCGGGCUCCUCAGCACUGAGACACUCGGGCCCCAGGUCUCCACCACACCGUCCAAACAGGCACAUUGCAGUGACCAACACACACUGUGCCAGGCUGCCAGCCCAGAUGGGCUUUCAGUGGGCCUGUGUGUAAUUAACCUUAAAACCCCACAAUGGGAAAAGUAUCCUGGUAAAAAUCUAUGUAAAAUCAGCAUUUCUACUAACUUUUAAAAGGAACAUUUUCAAAUGGCAUCUAGUGAAGAACUACACAUUUGUACUUAUUGUCCAUCAUCUUUGCUACACUGUACACAGUUAUUGUAAAUUAAGAAGCUAAAUAUAUGUUUUUAGGUGGCAGAUGAUUCUCAGGAAGCUGUACUGUACUGUAAGACAGUAAUUACUGUACACUGAAUCAAACACUACUGUUCCUCCAGAAUAGAGCCUUGGGUCUGAUGGGACACUUCAAGAUUUCAAGCAUAGCUUUUGUGACCCAAUGAGCACACAUACCUUAACCUAAUGAGCACACUACUGUACCUUUAGGUGCAUGUUGGAUUCUAUAAUACAGAUGGGAUACAUAACCAGUGACUCUAAUUGUUUUAUUCUGGCUCCAAAGUAAGGCUGAGCUCUGAGUCAUGUCUUUGUCCCAUCACUCAACUCAGUGAAUUACAGGCAGCUAACAGAGUCAGGGAGAAGAGUUCUAGAAGCUUCUACAGACACUCACAAAAAGAGACACUGGGGAUAGAUACAGUAUUACAGAUAUAUAGCAUCUAAAAAUAUUUUUAGAUAUCAAGAUUGUAGAUAUUGGUCUCAAUCAGUUUGUACUUUUCAAAGUAUCUUACCCACAGAAAUGUUGACAAAAUAUGUUGCCAUCAUUUGAAAAAUGUAUCAAUGAUAACCGGUGGAAUUGUUUUGUAUAUUGAAGUAUAAUACUGUAUAUGUGAUUGUUGAGUAUUUCUGCUCACAUUUUAGUUGUAUGUGUUAUUGAAUGAAGCAGUAAUGUAAUGUGAGAUUUUCACUGAAAAUGUGAUGAUGAUCAUUCAGUCACUCACUUUGUAAAAUGUCUUAAUCACAAGAAGGCAACACUUAUUGAUAGAGUGCUGGUCCAACAACAAAAACAACAACAACAUCAACAACAACAUCAAAUAAGAGUUUCCCAUUUUCUAAUGAGUGUCCAAUGAUAUAAAUGUGUCAAAAUUCUGUAUCCUUUUCUGAAUAUACAGUGCAUUCAGACCCCUUUACUUUUUCCACUUUUUUUUUUACGUUACAUCCUUAUUCUAAAGUGGAUUUAAUUGUUUUUCGCCUCAUCAAUCUACAUACAAUACCCCAUAAUGACAAAGCAAAAACAGGUUUUUAGACAUUUUUGCAAAUGUAUUAAAAAUAAAAACGGAAAUAUGACAUUUACAUAAGUAUUCAGACCCUUUACUCAGUGCUUUGUUGAAGCACCUUUAACAGUGAUUACUGCCUUGAGUCUUCUUGGGUAUGACGCUACAAGCUUGGCACACCUGUAUUUGGGGAGUUUCUCCCAUUCUGCUCUGCAGAUCCUUUCAAGCUCUAUCAGGUUGGAUGGGGAGCAUCGCCGCACAGCUAUUUUCAGGUCCCUCCAGAGAUGUUCGAUCGGGUUCAAGUCUGGGCUCUGGCUGGGCCACUCAAGGACAUUCAGAGACUUGUCCCGAAUCAACUCCUGCGUUGUCUUGGCUGUGUGCUUAGGGUCGUUGUCCUGUUGGAAGGUGAACCUCCGCCCCAGUCUGAGGUCCUGAACGCUCUGGAGCAGGUUUUCAUCAAGCAUCUCUCUGUACUUUGCUCUGUUCAUCUUUCCCUCGAUUCUGACUAGUUUCCCAGUCCCUGCUGUUGAAAAACAUCCCCACAGCAUGAUGCUGCCACCACUAUGCUUCACCGUAGGGAUGGUGCCAGGUUUCCUCCAGACAUGACGCUUGGCAUUCAGGCCAAAGAGUUCAAUCUUUGUUUCAUCAGACCAGAGAAUCUUGUUUCUCAUGGUCUGAGAGUCCUUUAGGUGCCUUUUGGCAAACUCCAAGCGGGCUGUCAUGUGCCUUUUACUGAGGAGUGGCUUCUGUCUGGCCACUCUACCAUAAAGGCCUGAUUGGUGGAGUGCUGCAGAAAUGGUUGUCCUUCUGGAAGGUUCUCCCAUCUCCACAGAGGAACUCUAGAGCUCUGUCAGAGUGACCAUCGGGUUCUUGGUCAGGGCUGCGGCCAGCUCUAGGAAGAGUCUUGGUGGUUCCAAACUUCUUCCAUUUAAGAAUGAUGGAGGCCACUGUGUUCUUGGGGACCUUCAAUGCUGCAGACAUCUUUUGGUACCCUUCCCCAGAUCUGUGCCUCGACACAAUCCUGUCUCGGAGCUCUACGGACAAUUCCUUCAUCCUCAUUGCUUGUUUUUUUUCUUCUGACAUGCACUGUUACUGUGGGACCUUAUAUAGACAGGUGUGUGCCUUUCCAAAUCAUGUCCAAUCAAUUGAAUUUACCACAGGUGGACUCCAAUCAAGUUGUAGUAACAUCUCAAGGAUGAUCAAUGGAAACAGGAUGCACUUAUUUUGGCUCUGUACUCCAGUACUUUGGAUUUGAAAUGAUACAGUUAAUGAUACAGGUUAAAGUGCAGACUGUCAGCUUUAAUUUGAAUAUUUGAAUAUUUGAGUAUUUGAAUCCUGAAUAAUGAUGAGUGAGAACUUUACAGACGCACAAAUAUCAUACCGCCCCAAAAAUGCUAACCUCCCCUGUUAUUGUAAUGGUGAGAGGUUAUCAUGUCUUGGGGGUAUGAUAUUUCUGUGUCUGUAACUUUCUGACUCAUCAUUAUUCACGAUUCAUUCAGGACUAUCUGUAAUCAUGGUAGCAUCCACAUUAAUGUAGAAGUGUUUAGAAACAUAUUCUAUUCUUAUUUACAAUAAAAGUGACUCCAAAAUGACACAAUACAUUAUUUACCAUUCACUUCAAUUGGGCACAAAAUAAUCUGAAACACAACUAAAACAAACAGCAAAUGCAUCCAACAAGUCUGUAGAGUCCCAAGCUUAGUGUAAUCAUUGCGUGCUAGGAAUUUGGGACCAAAUACUAAACUUUUGACUGCUUCAAUACACAUAAGUGAAUUUGUCCAAAUACUUUUGGUCCCCUAAAAUGUGCUGUAAUUUCUAAACGUUUCACCUGAUAUGUAUGAAAAUACCCUCAUAUUAAAACUGACAGUCUGCAAUGUAACCUCAGAGGCAUUGUAUAAUUCAAAUCCAAAUUGCUGGAGUGCAGAGCCAAAACAACAAAAUAAAUUGUCACUGUCCCAGUAAUUACGGAAGGCACUGUAUCUGACAUUUUCAAGUAAAAUGUGUGAACAAAGUUAUAAAGUAUUUGGAGAAGGUCAAAUAAAUAUGUUUUACUUACAGAGGAGGCUAGUCUUGAUUUGUUCAGGAGCUGCUGAUCCUUAUCCUGAUGACACGUGUUGGACAGGGGCAGUGUAUAGAGCAUCCUGUGCCCCUCUAACAGGAAGUGAGUCACCAAGGAGGAAGUCAAGGCCAUAGAGAAUGGAGUCUCCUAUGGUGGCAUUGAGAAGAGAGCCUCACAAAUUCUCACUCUGUCAUAACAGUCCGUCAUCAGUCUGGUCUUCACUGUGAGGUCCUCUGAGCUACCUACCGCAGUAGGCCUACUGUCAGAGAGAAACAGGUUAAGUCAACACAGCCCUGCUCCCAUCAAUAUUGGCAAUUACACAAUAGAUGGAAGUAGAGCAAUCGUAGUCCCAUUUACAAUGGGAAAAACAAGACGAUGUUUGCCUCACAUUCCAGCAUGACUGACAACAAAAAACACCAGCCUGACAUUGAUGUGAUCGCAGCAGUUGUCUUAGCGGUUGUGAUGUUGGUUGGUCUGGGUUGAGGGGUGACUAGUGGUGAACGGGCCUGUCAGAGGGCCACCACACGAUCCAGUCCCUUAGACUCUGGGACCGUUUAUUUUCCUUUCUCUCAGAGCGAGCUUUGCUGACUGGCCAGGCAGCCUGUGGGAAGACAGACAGACAUGCAGACAGACAGACAGGGAACCUAAUAAGACAACAGAUGUCUGUAAAACUCACUGUAUAGACCUACACCUCUUAAACCCUCCCACCUUGUGUCUGUGAAUGUGGGUGCACAUAAUUGUAUAUGCGUAAUAAUGUGGCUAAAGGCUUUACAACAAUACAGUUCAUUGUACAAGAGUGGAAAAAAUAAGACAUUAUUUAGUAGGCCUACAUUCUGACACGUUUUUUUCUGGAAAUGCCUCACAACAACAUACAGUACAUGAAUUGUAUUGUUUCAUUAUUUCCUGAAUUGGUUUCUCGCCUGGCAUAAAUGUUUAAGCCUAUGGCGAUGAAGGAUCUACCACAAUUCUCCUCCCUCACUAUAGAGCUCCCACGCUGCAUUAUAUUUUUAUUGCAGUCUCAAGCCAUAUGUACUGUAGCAAAUAUACACAGAAAAGUACAAAAUGUUCCCUUAGAAAUCAUACUGUGCUUACAGUAGCCUACAUACAGUAUUGAUCCACUAAUUUAUGCAAGCCCUCACAAUUACAGUAAUAAGUGCAAUAAAUGCAACACAGCUCUAUAAACUACUUCCUGACAGUUAAACUGUUUCAGACAGGUGAGGUAACCAAUGUAAUUCUCACUCCAUUCAAACCCACUCUCCCAUUUCUUAAAUGCCUCUGAACACCCUCAGUAUCCAUGACCAUUGAAAUGUUAUGCUAGUUUAGUUUUCCUCAACAACAUAACCCAGUCUCUCCUUAACGACGUCAUGACUUCACUCCCAGACAGCUUCUCCGUGUAAUUAAAUGUGUUGACUUGAGACAAUCUCAUCCAGAAAGACCUACGCAGUCUGCCUCUGUCACCAAGUCAUAAUGACGCACCUACAGUCGUAUAGUAGACAUUGCUCCUUGUGUGGGUGUAAUGUGUGUGUGUGUGUGUGUGUGUUGUCUGCACGUGCAUACGUGCAUGCGUGUGUUGCGUGCGUGUGUGCAUGUGCAUGCAAGAAAGAGGGAAAGAGAGAGCAAAAGACAGAGAGAAAGAAAGAAUCCUAGAAAGGCUCUGUGAUGAACCACAGUAUGCCAUGACGGCAUGAAGGAUAGCCACAGGAAACCCUAGAUAGCCACAGGAAACCCUAGAUGGCCACAGGAAACCAGUAUGAAAAAGUAUGAAAAUGUAUGCACUCACUACUGUAAGUCGCUCUGGAUAAGAGCGUCUGCUAAAUUACUAAAAUGUAAAUGUAAAAUGUAAUGACGGGCAUUUUACUUAUAUAUGUGCUCCUUCACCCACACAGAGCAGAGGAGAGGAGACUUGUAGACACCACAUGGGCCAAUCUUAAUAUUUACAGGGAUGCUUGGUUAGCCAGCCAAACCCAAAUACCAUGAAACAGAAGGUGGAGGGAGAGUGGAAGAAGGGAAAGCAGAUCAGUGGCUGGAAUGAAAAAAGGAAAAACUAAUGGUCAGAUGGAAUCUAUUCAUUUUUUUUACUUCAUGCCUCAGCCCAUUUUUUUGUAGAGUUCACGGGUGGGAAGUAGUCUAUAAAUACAGACUGUAGAGAUGUUGGGUUGUCACUAAGGCAUUACAGUAGCUGCAGGUGGAUGUGCUCCCUAGUUAUCUUAACAGGCACCUUCCCAGCUGUCUUGGUGUGAAGAGUUAGUUGAAGACUUUUCCAAGCGAAACAUUUUAAUAAUUGAAAAUCCAGGUUUCUCUUCUUUUGGAGGGAGUUUUUGUCAGUGGAUGGUUAUGUUGCGUCCGGGGAGUGCGGUCACCUCAUCAUGGUCAUUGCUGUGGACUGCGUUGCUGUCUCUCAUCCUCCUAUGGAGCUGUGGUCUGUCCCAGGCCUCCAUGUAUCACUCCAGAGGUAUGAACUGCUCUCACACUCUUCUGACAGCUGCUGCUAAUUCUGAUAACAACAGUGAUACCGAAUGUUUAAUGGAAUGGGAUCUGAUAAAAACAUGGCAUUUUGAAAGUGGAUUUUUUUUUGUGUGUUUUCUUUUGUAGCUUAAUGUUGUUCUGCUCACAGUAUUUGUACCACUGGCACCCAUGCAAAAUCAUGGAAUCAGACUAGAAAAAAAUGUAACAUAGCCUACCUUAGCUCCAUAUGUUGUUCCAGUGGGAUGGCAGAGGACCCCUGCCUGCCCAGGGCUAAUGUAUGGCUAAACAGUUUCACAGUGACUGGUGCUGCAGGCGAUGAUGGGACGACUUGCCCCUCUUCUCUAUUGUGUUUAUCUGACCUUUAUCUGGCCUGAAGGGCUCUUCAUGUUAGAUCUGCUUCUCACAAGGUGAAACGUUUGUUCCAUGAGUCUUUUUGGUCCCAGCCUAUUGUCUGUAGGGACAAGAGGAACUCAGCCAUGAAGUGUGAUCUCAACACUGGAGGGCAAAUACAGGAUCAAGCCUAAAUGUUUCGACCACAUCUGUCCUCUCUGGCAUAUGAGAACAGUCACUUACCCUUUUUAUCUGCAGGUUGUCAUUCAUCUUUCCCUGGAGGCAGAACUGAGCGAUUUCCGCUUGCUGGGCCAGCUGCAAAGUCAAAAUUGUCUAUAUCGUAAAAGUGAAAAUGAAAAAUAGGUUUUUGGUCUUAAUUUAAGGUUAGGGUUAAGCAUUAGGGUUAGCACUGUGGUUAAUGUUAGGGUUUAUGACUUUGUGGAUGUGCCAGUUAGUGACCACUCUGCAGAGCUGCUUCCAGGGCAAGAUUCAUGACAAUAAAUGCCAACCAACUUUUUAUCUCCAUUUCAUGUCAACAGGUAAAUGCACGUACAAAGACAAGCUCUUCAAGGCGGGAGCGUCCUUCCAGAGAGGCUGUGACAAGUGCUUUUGUCACGAGUUUGGCUUCUUCUGCUUUUCGUGAGUAAAACUGUGCCAAAUCAUGAAAUUGUUGUCAUAAUUGUCCAUUUGAAGAAAUCAAUCAUCAUGAACAAUUGUUUAUCACAUCCGGCACAUGUUUAAUGUUGCAUAAAGACCCCAUGUCUCGUUUAUGUUCUGUAGGCCAAAUAAGCCCACGUCGUGGCCUAAUAAGUGUCAGCGGCUGAUGACAGAGUGUGGCUACAGGGUCGUCUACAAGCACAGCCCAGAGCUGGAGUGUCGGGCCUAUAGCUGGAUCGGUUGA